AUGUGCUGCACAGUUCUUUUCUUUUCUUUUUUUUUUUUUUUUUUCCUCUUUUUGAUAUCAGUGGAAUAUUCCUUUCUCACCAUCAAGUCCCAUGACCGCUACGUUGCCAUCUGCAAGCCCCUGCACUACGGGACCCUCCUGGGCAGCAGAGCUUGUGCCCAGAUGGCAGCAGCUGCCUGGGGCAGUGGGGUUCUCUAUGCUCUGCUGCACACUGCCAAUACAUUUUCCCUGCCCCUCUGCCAAGCCAAUGCUGUGGACCAGUUCUUCUGUGAAAUCCCUCAGAUCCUCGAGAUCUCUUGCUCUGACUCCUACUUCAGGGACCUUUGGGUACUUAUGGUUGCUAUCUGUUUAGCAUCUGGCUGUUUUGUUUUCAUUCUUUAUUCCUACAUUCAGAUUUUCAGUGCUAUCUUCAGGGCUGUGCUGAGGAUGCCCUCUGAGCAGGGCCGGCACAAAGCCUUUUUCACGUGCCUCCCUCACCUGGCCGUGGUCUCCCUCUUUCUCAGCACUGCCUUUUUUGCCUACCUGAAGCCCCCCUCCCUCUCCUCUCCAUCCCUGGACCUGGUGGUGGCAGUUCUGUACUCUGUGGUGCCUUCAGCAGUGAACCCCCUCAUAUACAGCAUGAGGAACAAGGAGCUCAAGGAUGCACUGCGCAAACUCAUGAGUGGGUAUACAUCAGAAGUAAUGCACUGCCUGUCUUCUUCUGCAAAGCACUCAUAA